AAUUAUAAGCAAAGUAGGAUCAGUAGUGAUCAGGCCGCGACGGGAGGUGGUCGUGCGACCGGUAUAGGAUUAAAUUAUUUUAUAGUUUUUUGUGUCGUGAUUAAUUUAAGGACUUUGUGAAAUGAAGUGGGUGGUGAUAGCCAGCUUUAUCGUGUGUUUGGCGACGUUAAGUAAAGGAAGUGCACUGAGGAGCACGCCACAAUCAAAUGAUGCAGCGUCAUCAAAAUAUACUGCAAGAAGAGUUUCCAAUAAAUUACCAGUCGGCUUAGAAUGUUUGCCGGGAUCAAGAUGGAAGAGCAAGUGUAACAGUUGCACCUGUUCUGAAGAUGGUCGUCCUGCAUGUACUGACAUGGCAUGUCCUGGUCAAGAGGAUGAGCCUGAACUGACUUGUUCUCCGGAUACGGCGUGGCAAGUCGAAUGCAAUACUUGUUCUUGUUCAUCUGAAGGACAUGCAAUGUGCACGAAGAUGGGCUGCGGGUUAUUUAUCGCAACCGAUUUCAAUCCUUCCGGCGAUGAAAACGAAGACGAUAAAUCUGAACUGGUGUUAAGGUCAUCAUCGAAUAAAUCCGUGGUAUGUGCCGCUAAUCGAAUGUUCGUCAAAGAUUGUAAUACUUGUUGGUGCAAUGAAGAUGGCACCAGCUAUUUUUGUACAAGAAAAGUUUGCAUAGCCGAACUGCCCGAUGAUUUGAAUGAAGAAAAGCCAGAGAAUCUACAGGAAAUCAAACGCAAAUGUAGACCCGAUGAGGUGUUUGAGCUAGACUGUAACACGUGCAGAUGUUCGCAAGAUGGAACGUCAUUUUCUUGCACUAGGAAGGCGUGUAUGCCCGACGAAAAGGGCAAGCACGUCUCGUUGAAUAGGAGAAUCCGAGCGACUUCGCAGGGGACGCAGAAGGCUUGCCAGCCAGGUCAAGAGUUCAGGAUGGACUGCAACAAGUGCCUUUGUAACAACGAGGGACAGGACUACUCCUGCACGCGUAUUGACUGUUUGGCCUUGAACAGCAACGGCAAUUCUGGUGUUAGAACUAAGAGAGAAGCGACAACGAAUGUAAAGACGGAAUGCGAGCCGGGAAGUGUAUUUAAUCAAGGCUGCAACCUGUGCCGUUGCACGGACGAUGGAAAUCACGCGACCUGUGCACUAAAACGAUGCAAAGAGGACGCCAAUGAAACCGACAAGAAUUUACCGGAAUCCGACCCAAGUUUCCGUUGCAACCCUGGCGAGCAGUACAAACGCGACUGCAACGACUGCACUUGCUCAGCCGACGGCAAAAGCGUUUUCUGCACACUUCGAUUCUGCGACCAGGACUUAGCGCCUACAAUAUAAUCGCAAACAAUCAACCCAAACCCAAUCUUAGUGUCCCGACAGCUAAAAUAGUUCAUACUGAAUUUUAGCCAUACAAAAAAAUAUACGGUUGAAAUGUUCAUAACAAGAAAUCCAUUACAGUAUUUAAAUGAAAAUAAGAAUUAAAUUUGACUCUGAACAAUAAAAUUAUAAAUUUUAUUGUAUUUCGAUUUUUGAAUUUCAAAAGGCCUUCGUUAAAUCCUUAAUUUCAUAAGUGUUUAGUUCUAACACAGUUUUGAUGUUCUUGUGAUUUAAAUGAGCUCGGUAAAGUUUUUGAAACGUAUCAAAGUGAUCUUAGGACAUAUGAUCAUUGACGGCUUUUGCAUUUUGUUUAAGGGAUGAGUUAAACAGUGCUUUGUCUUCUUCUUUCGACUGUGAAAUCCACGAUGACAGAAAGAGACGAAUCAGUGUUUAACUAAACGCCCGCAACACGAUGUUCGCUUGUAGAGCCGUAAAGUUUUAAAGUAUUUAAUUCGUUCACUUAAUUUAGUUUUCAUAAGUAUGUUUUCUUAUAUUAUAUAAUAAGUUCAGCUAGUUUUGCAUUUCAGUAAACACGUAAAUAUCAUUAUUGUCAUUUAAAUAAUUAAAUCUUUUUAUAGUAUCAACUGUUUCUUUUUCAUUUUAUUAUUAUUCCAAGUGUGAUAAUUAUUCUAGUACUUCACAUACGAUCACAAUUACAGAAAUAUUGACAUGUUCGACAUGUUUCCUGCAGGUUUGCGAGUGCAAAAUAAUACUGCAUGUAAAAUAUUAAAACGAUACAUUUUUAACAGUGUUGUAUUUAGGUAAGAUUUAGUGUAAGAUUUAAACGGCUCUUUAGGAAUUGCCAUCGGUAAUUUUCAUUUCAUCAGUAACUGUUAUAUUGUCUUCGUGUUUUAUUCGAUGUCAUGGUAGUCGUAGAACGAAAAUGAUAUAAAACCUUUUUUUAUUGAUUUUAUUACAAAAAUCAGAACUCGUGUCAAAUUAUUAAUAUUUAAAUUACGAAGUGCAAUAUUGUUCGAUGUCACAGAAUCUGAGAUCUGGAAUUAUUUUUGGACUACGAAGAUUUUAUUCUAAAUUAUAUUGAUUAACACUAUAGUAAUUUAAAAUUACUUCUUCCACGGUUUCCAUAGCAACCGAUUAUAAUAUUUCAUGCAAGCCAUGUUUAGUAUUGUGAGCGUAAUGUUCUUGGUUAUUUAUCAUAGGUAGCGAAUUAUUUUCGGCUUAAAGUAGCUUUUAUACUUUAACGUACUCAUGUAUUAGACAAUAUACUUUAUAUGUGUGAAUUUAAUCACGAAACGAAUAAAGAGUUUUGAUUUUA